AUGCCCAGGAUCAGCCAGCCCGUUCUCGUCGGCACAGAGGACCCAGAAUAUUAUGCAGAACUUCUCUCCAAGACUUACAGACUCGCAAAUCGGCGCCUACUGUCCAAUGAAACACUUUGUUCAGACAUCCCCAGCAUUCAGGAUGUCGAUGGCUCCCUCUCCCAGUGCCUACGGAGAAUUCUCGAUGUAAUCGCUGAUAUCUCACUCUGCAAACGAGGAAACGUCUCUGCUACGAUGGCCUGCGUAAAGGCCAAUAAAGACGCUCUAGAAACGCAAGUAUACAUCACUUUCAACCACAAAAAUGAUGGCGCGGCUAGCAGUUGUCCCAUUCACCUACAGUCUAUCUUUGAUAUGCUUUCCCGUGUCCCCUACAGGUCACAUGGAGUAGACAGCUCCCCGAAGGAUAUCUCGAGCGAGUUAGAAGGGAGCUUAUUUGAAAUCUGCAGAACCAUUCACAAUUACUCGUUCGACAUUUUUGCGUAUCGCGUUAACAAGCGCAAGCACAAGCUUUCCGACAUUUGGAAGUACAUUGAGCAGGAUGGGGGUGAAUUCGAUCUGCGCCAGCGUACCCUGUUGUUGAAUUUCUUAUCGCAUGUGGGGACCAUUAUUGAGGUUGUUGCCAAUGCACAAACAACGAAGCAACUUUCUAGCAAUUUUAUAUGCGGGCUUGUAAGGAUGUAUUCGAUUUGGACGAAGAAUGGCCUUCUUCCCAAAGAAGGGCUUGCCAGCAAUGUGGUUACAUUGCUUGAUCGCGCGGAUGCGUGGCUGGCUGCCACCCACGGCAUAGGUUUCUGGCUUCGACGUUGGGCGGUGAAGAUCAUGUCGUUUGUGAUCUCGGCCGAUAGGCUCUUUAUCUUGACCCAGUCGCGCCGCCUCCGCAAAUUUCUAGAUGGGACCUUCGUAAUUAAACCCCUUCCAUGCCCAACCACGACUCCAUAUCGUUGCAAUCUUUCUUCAGAGAACAUACGAGUGGCUCUGGAUGCUGCGCUGCACCAAACCAAAUACUCUACUGCGGAGUGGGAUGAGGAGCGCGAAUCACCCAUUGCGUUGCUUCACGAUAAACUGAGGCGUACCACCGGAAACCCACGGUCCACGCUGAGCUAG